CAAAGAGAUUAGCAAAGUGGUUGACAAAGUCAAGCUCAGCUCCCAUCCUUAAAACCACACACAUGUUUCUUCUCUUCUCUUCCCCAUGUUUGGUCUCUCUCUCUCUCUAAGUGAAAAAAAUAAUUGAGAGUUAAAUGGGAAGAGCACCUUGUUGUGACAAAAGUAAGGUGAAGAGGGGGCCAUGGUCUCCUCAAGAAGACUCCACUCUUAGAGACUAUGUUGAGAAACACGGCACUGCUGGAAGCUGGAUUUCUUUGCCUCAAAAAGCAGGGCUGAAGCGAUGCGGCAAGAGCUGUCGGCUGAGAUGGCUAAAUUACCUUAGGCCCAACAUCAAGCAUGGCGGCUUCACUCACCAAGAAGACACCAUCAUACUCGCACUCUAUCAUAACAUCGGAAGCAGGUGGUCAGUGAUAGCUUCACAGCUCCCAGGAAGAACAGACAACGACGUCAAGAACUACUGGAACACCAAGUUGAAAAAGAAGUUAGCAACCAACCACCUCGCCGCCGCCGCCGCCAUUAACUCAAACAUGUUGCCCUACUUUCCCGUUGAUGCCAACUCCUAUCAACACUCUCAGAUCUCACUUCCCGCCCUCGUCGAAGCGCCGGAAAACGCUCUGCUUCCUUCUGCUCCGGCGACUCUCUCUCCACCAUUUAUCAAUGCAGAUGGAUCAUGCGAAGACGACGCCUUUCUGCUUGACUUCAUGCCUAAUUAUGAUCUUCUCGAUGCCUUUGAUUUCCAUGACAAGUUCAAUCAUCAAAUUGAUUACCAUCUCCAACAGGAGCAGCCCAUCUAUCAAAGUUUUACGUAUUAAUUAAGUAAUGAAAAAGGGAUGAGAUGUUUAAUCGUUAUGUAAUAAUGUGAUUUUAGGAUGUAAAGUCUUUCCAGCUGAAAUUUAAUUAGUGGUAAUGGAUAUGUUUAGUUGAUUAGUUUAUUUAUGUGGUGUGUUUAAAUUAUUAUUAGCUAUAUAUGUUGUUGUAGUUGUUUAAGAUAUCAUUUUGUGAUUGCGAAAAUAAUUCUACUUUUUUC